AUGGGCUUUGAUGUGCUCCUGGAUCAAGUGGGUGGUGUGGGGAGAUUCCAGAUUUGUCUGAUGGCUUUCUUUUGCAUCACCAACAUCCUGCUGUUCCCUAAUAUUGUGUUGGAGAACUUCACUGCAUUCACCCCUGGUCAUCGCUGCUGGGUCUCCCUCCUGGACAAUGACACUGUGUCUGACAAUGAUACUGGGACCCUCAGCAAGGAUGACCUCCUGAGAAUCUCCAUCCCACUGGACUCAAACCUGAGGCCACAGAAGUGUCAGCGCUUUAUCCAUCCCCAGUGGCAGCUCCUUCACCUGAAUGGGACCUUCCCCAACACAAAUGAGCCAGACACGGAGCCCUGUGUGGAUGGCUGGGUGUACAACAGAAGCUCUUUCCUCUCCACCAUAGUGACUGAGUGGGACCUGGUAUGUGAAUCUCAGUCACAAAAAUCAAUGGUUCAAUCCCUAUUUAUGGUUGGGUCACUGCUGGGAGGUCUAAUAUAUGGCCAUCUUUCAGACAGGGUUGGAUGGAAGAUCAUAUGCAAAUUGUGUUUCCUCCAGCUGGCCAUCUCUAACACCUGUGCAGCCUUCGCUCCCACCUUCCUUGUUUACUGCAUACUGCGCUUCUUGGCAGGGUUCUCCACCAUGACUAUUUUGGGAAACACUUUUAUUCUCAGCUUAGAGUGGACAUUGCCCCAGUCGCGAUCUAUGGCAAUAAUGGUGCUACUAUGUUCCUACAGUGUUGGGCAGAUGCUCCUAGAAGGGCUGGCUUUUGCCAUUCAGGACUGGCGCAUAUUGCAACUGAGCGUGUCUACACCCAUAAUUGUCCUCUUCUUGUCCUCUUGGAAGAUAGUGGAGUCUGCUCAGUGGCUGAUUAUCAACAAUCAGCUAGAUGAGGGCUUAAAGGAGCUUAGAAGAGUUGCACUCAUAAAUGGAAAAAAGAAUACUGAAGAGACACUGACCACUGAGUUUGUGACAUCCACCAUGAAGAAGGAGUUGGAUGCAGUCCAAAUUAAAACAUCAGUUUUUCCCCUGUUCCAUGCACCCAAAUUGCGAAUGAGAGUCUUCGGCCUGUGCUUUGUGAGAUUCGCAAUCACUGUACCCUUUUAUGGCCUGAUACUCAACUUGCAGCACUUGGGGAGCAAUGUGUCCCUGUUCCAGGUUCUCUGUGGAACUGUCACACUCACAGCCAGAUGUGUUUCCCUUUUGACACUGAAUCAUAUGGGUCGUCGAAUAAGCCAGAUGUUGUUCACGUUCCCACUGGGACUUUUCAUUCUGGUCAACACCUUUUUGCCCCAAGAAAUGCAGAUCCUGCAUGUGGUUUUAGCAACUUUGGGAAUUGGUAGUGUUUCUGCUGCUAGCAACAGUGCUUCUGUCCACCACAACGAGCUUGUCCCCACCAUAUUGAGGUCAACAGUUGCAGGAAUCAAUGCAAUGUCCGGUAGGACUGAGGCAGCACUGGCUCCUCUGUUGAUGACCUUAAUGACAUAUUCUCCCCACUUGCCCUGGAUUUCCUAUGGAGUCUUCCCCAUCCUUGCUGUCCCUGUUAUCCUCCUCCUUCCAGAAACCAGGGAUCUACCUCUUCCUAACACCAUCCAGGAUGUGGAAAAUGACAGAAAAGAUUCAAGAAACAUAAAGUAG